AUGUCCCGGGUCCCGGACUGGAAGAGGGCAGAGCGUAGUCCAGGAGCUCCUGGGGCCAGCUGCGAUGGCAGAGGUGACAGAGGCAGCAGUUGGAAUGGCCCCUCAGGCGGUUUGGGGUCUAGAGCCGCAGGCUCCCAUGAACCACCACUCUGCUUUAGACUGGAGAACCACCUGGUUGGCUUAGUCAUUGGUCGUGGUGGGUCAAAAAUAAAAGACCUACAGCGUUCGACAAACACUAAAAUACAGAUAAUAAGGGGGAGUUCCGAAGCAAUAGUGAAAAUUUUUGGCAGCAGAGAUAUGAAAGCAAAGGCCAAGGCAGCUAUAGAUACUCUUAUUAAAAGACAAGAAAGGUACCGUUCAGAAUUGGAUGUGGAUAAUGCUGCGUCCCAACCUCCUGUUGGGAGAGACGUAAGCACAGUUAACGUCAGAGAAGCUCCGCCAUUGAUUGAUUGGGAUCGUAUUAAGGCAGAAGCCGUGGCGUGGGAAAAAAGAAAGUGGGCAGAUUUACCACCAAUUAAGAAAGACUUUUACAUAGAAUCCAAAGCUACAAGCUCCAUGUCUAAAGAGCUGGUAGACACGUGGAGGAAAGAAAAUUACAACGUAAUGUGUGAUGACUUGAAAGAUGGUGAGAAGCGUCCCAUCCCUAAUCCAGCUUGUGAAUUUGAGGACGCUUUCCGUCCGUACACAGAACUUAUGAAAAGCAUAACAAGGGCGGGUUUUCAAAAACCAACACCAGUUCAGGCACAGGCAUGGCCCAUUGCCUUAAAAGGAGUAGAUCUUAUAGGAGUUGCCCAAAAUGGCACAGGCAAAACAUUGUCCUACUUGAUGCCUGGGUUUAUUCAUCUUGAUGGUCAACCGAUAUCUAGAGAACAAAGGAAUGGACCUGGCAUGCUAGUCCUCACUCCCACCAGAGAAUUAGCUCUUCAGGUGGAAGCUGAAUGUUCUAAAUAUUCAUAUAAAGAUGAGGCAGAUAAAAUGCUAGAUCUGGGGUUUGAGCACCAGAUUAAGAAAAUUUUGUUAGAUAUGCGCCCAGAUCGGCAGACUGUUAUGACAAGUGUGACUUGGCCAGAUUCUGUCCGUAGACUUGCACAGUCUUAUUUGAAAGAGCCUAUGAUUGUUUAUGUUGGCACUCUGGAUCCAGUUGCUGUAAACACAGUGAAGCAAGAUAUAAUCGUUACCACAGAAGCAGAAAAACGAGCUCUUAUCCAAGAAUUCCUAGAGAAUAUGUCACCGAAAGACAAAGUCAUAGUGUUUGUCAACCGAAAACUUGUUGUUGAUGACUUAUCAAGUGAUUUUGGUAUCCAAGGCCUCCCUGUACAAUCACUACAUGGUGACAGAGAGCAAUGUGAUCGAGAGGAAGCAUUAGAAGACUUUAAAAGUGGAAAAGUGAAGAUAUUAAUUACAACUGAUUUAGCAUCCCGAGGCCUUGAUGUUAACGAUGUCACACACGUAUAUAACUAUGAUUUCCCACAAAACACUGAAGAAUAUAUCCACAGAGUAGGGCGUACUGGACGAGCAGGAAAGACUGGAACGUCAAUUUCCCUUAUCACUCAAGAUAAUUCAGAGAUUGCCAAUGAAUUGAUUCAAAUUCUGAAAAGAGCAAAUCAGAGCAUCCCAGAAGAUCUUGUAGCGAUGGCCAAGCGAUACAACUUCCGUAAACAAAAAAAGGACACAGGAAAAAGACCAGGAAAAUCUUGA